GGGGUCCCUGCCGUGCGCGCCCCCCUCCGCCCCCCCGCUCCCGCCGGCCCGGCCCGCGCGGCGCCCCCGGAGCCGGGGGCUGCGGAACAGCGGGAAGGAGGCGGCGGCUGCCCCGAUUUGUUUGUAAAUGCAUCAUAAACAGACAGCCCAGAAUGAAGAAAGCAAGCAGGAGUGUUGGCUCAGUGCCCAAAGUGCCUGGAGUAAAUAAAGCUCAAACAAGUGAAAAAGCCAAACCAGAAAACGGCUCCUCAGUGUCUGCAGUAACAAAACUCUCCAAAACUGGGACAUCAGCAUCUCUUUUGAAGACUAAGAGUAACGAUGACCUCUUAGCAGGGAUGGCUGGUGGCGGCGGAGUGACAAUGACCAACGGUGUCAAGGCCAAGAAGAACUCUUGUGUAUCAACAGCACCUUCAGCUCCAGGGGCAACCAUGAGCACUCUAGAAAACAAACCCAAAACUAUUGCAGGUACAAGUUCCACAGCUAAACGUAGCACUUCCUCUGGAAAUAAAGAGUCCAGCUCUUCCAGGGAGAGGAUCCGGGAGCGUUCCCGUCUGAGCCAGAGCAAGAAGCUGCCCCUGGCAGGGCAGGGCCCCGGCGACGCGGGGCUGGCCAAGCGCUCCCGCAGCCGCACCAACCCCGACUCCGACGUCCGCAUGAGCAAGUCCAAGUCAGACAAUCAGAUCAGUGACAGAGCUGCGCUGGAAGCAAAGGUGAAUGAUCUUCUGACCUUAGCAAAAACUAAAGAUGUGGAGAUCCUGCAUCUGAGAAAUGAAUUGAGGGAUAUGCGUGCUCAGUUGGGACUCAACGAAGAUCAUCUUGAGGGGGAUGAAAAAUCUGAAGAGAAAGAAGCCAUUGUUGUUCAUCAGCCAACUGAUGUAGAGUCUACGCUGCUCCAGUUACAGGAACAAAACACUGCCAUCAGAGAAGAGCUCAACCAGCUGAAGAAUGAGAAUCGAAUGUUAAAAGACAGACUAAAUGCUUUGGGCUUUUCUUUGGAACAAAGGCUGGACAACUCUGAAAAGCUCUUUGGCUAUCAGUCUUUGAGUCCAGAGAUUACAGCUGGCAACCACAGCGAUGGUGGGGGCACUCUGACAUCUUCAGUGGAAGGUUCUGCUCCUGGAUCGAUGGAAGACUUGUUAAGUCAGGAUGAAAACACUCUCAUGGACAACCAACACAGUAAUUCCAUGGAUAAUUUAGACAGUGAGUGCAGUGAAGUUUAUCAGCCACUGACAUCAAGCGAUGAUGCCUUAGAUGCUCCGUCAUCUUCAGAAUCUGAGGGAGUACCAAGUAUAGAAAGGUCUAGGAAGGGAAGCAGUGGCAAUGCAAGUGAGGUGUCUGUAGCCUGUCUGACAGAACGGAUACAUCAGAUGGAAGAGAACCAACACAGUACAGCUGAGGAGCUCCAGGCCACGCUUCAGGAGCUUGCAGAUCUGCAACAAAUAACACAAGAGCUGAACAGCGAGAAUGAAAGACUUGGAGAGGAGAAGGUAAUCCUGAUGGAGUCUUUGUGCCAGCAGAGUGACAAACUGGAGCACUUCAGCCGUCAGAUCGAGUAUUUCCGGUCCCUUUUGGAUGAGCACCACAUUUCCUAUGUGAUUGAUGAAGACAUGAAGAGCGGGCGCUACAUGGAGCUGGAGCAGCGCUACAUGGAGCUGGCGGAGAACGCGCGCUUCGAGCGGGAGCAGCUGCUGGGCGUUCAGCAGCACUUGAGCAACACUUUGAAGAUGGCAGAACAAGACAACAAGGAGGCCCAAGAGAUGAUAGGGGCGUUAAAAGAAAGGAAUCACCACAUGGAACGGAUUAUUGAGUCAGAGCAGAAAAGCAAAACAGCUCUGGCAUCCACCUUAGAGGAGUACAAAGCCACAGUAGCCAGUGACCAGAUCGAGAUGAACAGGCUGAAAGCUCAGCUAGAGCACGAAAAGCAGAGAGUGGCCGAGCUGUAUUCCAUACACAACUCUGGAGAUAAAUCAGAUAUACAAGACCUGCUGGAGAGUGUCAGGCUGGAUAAGGAAAAAGCAGAGAGCUUGGCCAGUGGUCUGCAGGAGGAGCUGGCACACACCCGCAAUGAUGCCAAUCGAUUGCAAGAUGCCAUUGCUAAGGUUGAAGAUGAAUACAGAGUGUUCCAAGAAGAAGCCAAGAAACAAAUUGAGGAUCUCAAUGUGACUCUAGAAAAGCUUCGGACAGAGCUGGAUGAAAAAGAGACUGAGAGGAGUGACAUGAAAGAAACCAUCUUUGAGCUGGAGGAUGAAGUAGAGCAGCACCGUGCUGUGAAGCUUCAUGACAAUCUUAUCAUAUCUGAUUUGGAGAAUACAGUUAAAAAACUUCAGGAUCAAAAGCAUGACAUGGAAAGAGAGAUCAAGAAUCUUCACAGGAGACUCCGGGAGGAGUCAGCAGAAUGGCGCCAGUUCCAGGCAGACCUGCAGACUGCAGUGGUCAUUGCCAACGACAUCAAGUCCGAGGCGCAGGAGGAGAUCGGGGACCUGAAGCGCAGAUUGCACGAGGCGCAGGAGAAAAACGAGAAACUCACCAAGGAGCUGGAGGAGAUAAAGUCACGCAAGCAGGAAGAAGAACGCGGUCGAGUGUACAAUUACAUGAAUGCAGUAGAGAGAGAUCUGGCAGCUCUGAGGCAAGGCAUGGGCCUGAGUCGCCGAUCCUCCACCUCCUCAGAGCCGACCCCCACUGUGAAAACGCUCAUCAAGUCCUUCGACAGUGCCUCCUCCCAAGUUCCCAGCCCUGCUGCUGCCACAAUUCCUCGCACUCCCCUGAGCCCAAGCCCCAUGAAAACUCCCCCAGCCGCUGCUGUAUCCCCCAUGCAGAGGCAUUCCAUAAGUGGGCCAAUCUCAGCUUCAAAACCCCUUGCUACACUGACAGACAAAAGACCAAGCUAUGCAGAAAUUCCUGUUCAAGAGCAUUUGCUGAGAACAUCCUCCACCAGCCGGCCGGCGUCUCUGCCCAGGGUCCCUGCCAUGGAAAGUGCCAAAUCCAUUUCAGUGUCUCGAAGAAGUAGUGAGGAAAUCAAGAGGGACAUCAGUGCACCUGAUGGAGCAUCCCCAGCAUCUCUCAUGGCAAUGGGCACCACCUCACCACAGCUGUCCCUCUCAUCUUCUCCUACAGCAUCAGUCACCCCUACAACCAGAAGCAGAAUAAGGGAAGAGAGGAAGGAUCCCUUGUCUGCCCUGGCAAGAGAGUAUGGAGGCUCCAAGAGGAACGCCCUGCUGAAGUGGUGCCAGAAGAAAACAGAGGGCUACCAGAAUAUUGACAUCACAAACUUCAGCAGCAGCUGGAAUGAUGGCCUGGCUUUCUGUGCAGUUCUCCACACUUACCUCCCAGCCCAUAUUCCCUAUCAAGAGCUGAACAGCCAGGACAAGAGAAGAAAUUUCACUUUGGCUUUUCAGGCAGCUGAAAGUGUUGGCAUCAAAUCGACUCUGGACAUCAAUGAAAUGGUGCGAACGGAGCGUCCAGACUGGCAGAAUGUCAUGCUGUAUGUUACAGCCAUUUACAAAUACUUUGAAACCUGAACCCCAAUCAUUCAGCAGAUCCAUGGGAUACAACCAACGUGAGCUACCAGAUGGAAAUCUUACUGAAAUACUAAUCCCCAUUCCACUCAAAACUGGCAACAUUUGAGUCCCCUCAAACUUCAGUGACACUAUCAUGGAUUGCCUCAGAUUGCUUCAGCUACUAAGCAUGGGAACAACUGUUUAAAAGUAAGAACUUGUUGCCACAGUGCUUGGAAUAACCCAAGCUAUUAAGCUAUUCAGAUUAAUUAUGUAGCCUAAAGAGCCUGAACUACUUCUGUGCUGCCUUUCCAGUCAGACUUCAUGAAACUUUCUUUGCUGGGAGAGUGAGAUGAAUGCUUCCUCUGGCAUAUAGGAGACUGAAUGUACAGAUAAAGCUUUGAGAAGGAAAAGGAUAACAUGGCAUCAUAUCACUGAACUUUCUGCAGCAUCCUGAUUUCACAGACUCUGAAUAUUCUACCCACAGCAUAUGGCAGCCCCAUACAGUAGAGUUCUUAAUGGUAACUUAGUUACUGCCUAUACAGCUAUUUUCCAUCCUUUAAAAUGUGCACAAUAUUCUAGGAAAGCAAGCUUUGAUUCCAUAAUGACAAAUUGAGGGGAAAAGUGCUCUUGAUACCUCGAAAAAUCUGGCACAGAAGAAGUCUUCAUCCUAAAGCUUCAUUAUAAGCCUACCUCUGUCACAGUGAUGUGGCUUUCAUCUUUAUCUUAUGGAUUGUAAAGACUAGCACAUGCAGCUCCUGGCUUUCAGGGUACACUACACUUCAAGGAAUCUGUGCAAAGUCCCUGUGCUUCCACUAUAACAGCAAUGAGUCAAUGAUCACCCCUUGUCUGGCUUGUUCCUUGCUCUCUCCCUGCUCUGCCUGUGCUGCUUUCCCCUGCAGCAAUACGAGCACACAUCGUGGAUGGCUGUGCUGGAACUGUGCAAAUGGGACAGCAUUUCCUCUGCAGAGAAGAUAUUCUCCAUAAGAUGUAAUAAUGAAGUAGUUUGUCUCAAAAUCCAGCUUUGCCAUGUUUUCUGUGUGUUUUUCCUUGGUCUUGCACAUCCUCAUCUGAGUGACAGGAGGUGAGAUGUUCUCUGGGAAGGACUGGAGGAACUGAUGUAAUGUGUGUCCACCCAGCCGUCUCAAAUACUGCGUGGAAAUGACUCACUGUCACAAGGAAGGAAUUGAGAAACUUUAGUCUGCUCAACUUCUUUUUCUUUCUGAAAAUGUACCUGAAUUCAUUUAGCAGCUCUUGGGCAAAAGAGUUUAAGUGCCUUAGCUAUCAUUGAGUUGAUAGGUGCUGGCACUUCAGGGCCUGCUGUGGAAUGUUAAUGGCUCCCAAUGGUUUCGUGGCUCCCUUUGUCACGAGCCCUUUGUUGUAAUCUUGUUUGUCAAAUCCAGGGGAGACUUCACUCUGUCAUUGCUUCUGCCUCUUGCUUUUCUGAACACUUACCAGCAGUUCAGCCAUGGAACAUCUCAUUAAUAUUAAGCAGAAGCCAACUUGAGCAGUGAGUUCUGUAACAGCUGCUAUUUAUAAGCACAGGCUCUUUCAGCAGUAACUCCAUUGUAAAGAAAAUAAAUCUGUUCUAUGGUGCUCUUACGACUGUUAAGGACAGUUUGAAUGUCAUAGAUGUUAACCCAGUGAAUGCAGCUGUGCUUGGCAUCUGUGAAACUUCUUCAUGGUAAAAAAGCACAGAUUUAACUCAAAAGUAUUGCCAAAUCCAAAACCCCAUCAUCUGAAGAACAUAGCCCAUGUGAAGAGUAAUAAUUCAGCAUGUCUCUAGCAUUGUAUAACAGUACACAUUUACACUGAUAUGUGCCUGUGAGAAUUAUGGAACUUUGCAAAAUAACUGCUUAACCUGUGCUGAGGGCCUUUGGAGAAGUUUGCAGAGCAGUGGUGUCUCAAACAUUCUUGCAGCUCUUUAGCACUAGAAGUAGAGACCCUCAGAUAAUUAAUUGGUGCAUUUGAAGAGCCAGCAUAAUCUAAAGACAAUUGUUACAAGCGAGGUUUCAAGUGAAAGAUCUUCAUUAAUAGAUUUUAAUAAAAGUCUGAAAUGCAUUUUCCUCUCCUCUAUAUUUCUUAAAUUUUUUUUUUUUACUUCAUUAGUUUCAAUAAGAAUAGUCUUAGUGGAAAUACUCAGUGCUGUCUUGCUUUCUAUCUCCUAUUAUUAAAUUCCAGAUUUUGCCAAUCAGUGUUUUAAAACCCUUCUGUUCGUCCUCUGAACUGAUAUCCUUAUCUAUGAUUGUCUUAUUCAUUGCCUUAGAGUUAAAAAAUAAUAUUUUUCUAAUGAAAAGGAUAGCAUUUCUUGUUCUAAAUUCACUCAUCACCUGUUUUGGUGAGGUAAUUCGAGCUUUGAGCUGAUUUUUUUUCUGUCCAAUGGUCACCUUCAUUUACCUGGAAUGUUGUCAGAGUCCUUAACUGCAAUAACCCUGAGAGUGUCACCACUUGUCAAAGGAGAAAUCAUGUUUGCCAGAUCCCUUCUGUUAAAACAUGAACUGCUGCUCUUCAGAAAGGAAGAGAGAGAAAAGCUAGCAGUAAUUAUAAUUUGGAUCUUGUUGUGAACUUCAGAGCUCUGUGAACUUCUUCUUGGUGUGAUCUGUCUGAUAGAACUCUGUGAAUCCAGCCCAGGAGCCCUGGGCUUCAGGAAGAGGUUUCUGUGUCCUGAUGUGUCUGAGCCUUUACGUGUCAGGUGCUGCCCCUGGAAGGAAUGGAGCAAUGGAAGAGCAAAGCAAACACAGUGCCCUGCUGCACUCCACACUGUGGCUCUUUCUGAAGGUUCAAACCACAUUCAGUUGCUCAAGAGGAAAAAUAGCAUGAGCCCUUCUGGAUGUGGAAUAAAUAUACUGUUGUGUUUUGUCUCUGUUCAUAGUUAAUCCUGAAACAGCCUGGUUUUUUGCUCAUGUCAAGUGCAAGUUUAUGCUGACUUACUUCCCUUUUAAUCCAGAAGGUAUUUCUGAAUGUACUGAAAAUAUGUUGUCAUCCAUUUAUAUUUUCUAUGUGCCUUGCAAAAGCCUGUGCUGUGGAACAUCAGGGUUACUUAUGGCCAGGGUGGGCAGCAAGAUGGAGCUGUGGGACCCCCUGGUGCAGGUACAGCUGUGUCAUCCUCUGGAUCCUGGGGAUGGAAACACUUCCAUAGGUGUUACACUGGUUGGUUUUGUUUAAUCCAGUUUGAUUUGGCUGUUUGUUUCAAUAGAAACACUAAUUUAGUAUCUCCAGUGUGAAUCUCUGGCCCUCACAAAAAUGUCUUAUUCCUAUGCCUCUGAAAAACUGGGUGAAAUUUUCACUUUUAAAUUUGUGUUUGUGGUUAGUUUAUCCAGAAUUUCGUAUAUAAUUGUGGCAUAUUCCAAUUUAAAGGUAGAUUUUUGUGUCUUUUGCAUAAAAUAUAUUCUUCGAGUUACAUGUAGUGUUUCUGAUAAUUUUUGUCUCCAAUUUUAUGAAAUAUUUCCACUGUUUGUGUUUUUCUGUAAUGUCUAUUUUCGUGUCUUAGAAGGCCCUUAUUUUUCAGAGCUAAAUGAACUCUGCUUUAAUUUAUUGGUGUAGACUCCAGUUCAUGUCCUGGCAGAGGGGAUGCUCUGGUUUUAGGUGCAUGAGGAGAAAUGAACUGGAGCCCUCCUGUCAUGGUGCAGUGGUGUGAGCUGCUGAGGCUCUGCCCUGGCAAUGGUGUGGCUGUGACAUUGGAGUCUUGUUUCUCUUCCUGAGCUCACUGUUAAGUUUUAGCUGUUUUUUCAGUCUCAACACUCCAGACAUUUGGGUUCUUUUGCAUCACCAGAUUACUUUCACUCAGUUCUGUUUCUGUACAGAUUUGGCCCAGGACACAGCUUUUAUUCCAGCCUAGUUUUAACCCAGAUUCUUUGGGAAGCUGGAGAUUUGGAGAACUUGUGGGUGUUUUUCUUCCUGCCUGUGCCUGCUCUGGGGACACUGCCUGGGGUUCAGGUGGUGUGUGACAGUUCCUUCCAAAGGCUGAAGUGAAAGUUACACCUUUAAACUGUGUUCCUGUGACUCCUGUGGGGACUUCACUUCUUGUUUGCCUCUUGCAACUAACACAGCCCCAAGCAGGAGCUCCUAAGGGGCAAAAUUCUUCUGGGAAGGAAUCCAGCUGUGCAUCUUCAUGCUGCUUUCUGCCUGCUGUGAGUUAUGCUGAGGUGGUGUAGAAAGAGAACCUUAAAAUAGUCAUGUUCAUGGAUGGACAGAGUUAACUGUAUGGUUUGUUUGUGGUCCUUCCCUAGACUUGGUAAAUAUUUAUUUCUGUUUGGUUUUUAUGUUCUGUGAGCUCUAUUUCUGCAACUCCUUCCUUUAAGCUGCCAUUAGUGUAUCCCUUUCUUUAUGCUAAUGUUAACCAGUUUGAGGCAUUAUUUGGUGAGAAGGGCUAUUAGAGUGUCUUUGUCAGCCAGGAGUGCUGGACAUGGCACUGUGCUUUCCCAAGUUAGUGUGUGUUGGCUGGCAAAACACAGACAGCUCUUAAUACAUUCAAUUGUCCCUAUUUAGAAAGGUAUUUUUAAUAGUGUUCCUGCUUUCACAGGAGAGGAGCUGGAUGGGUUUUAAAUUACUGUGUGGCUUGCUGUGUCCCUCCUUCAUCUAAGGUUCUUCUGUUGUGUUCCCUGAUUUCGCAAUCAGCCUUGUAGUACACUCUAUAAUUAUCUAACCCAAGAUGUUCAGCAUCUGGAAUAUGUAGCAAGUAUGCUGUGGGUAAUUAAUGCUAAAUAACUUCAAAGGUUGAGGUUUGUACAGUUCUGAUUUCUGUUAAUUGAUACAAGUCUUUUUGUCUUUCUGUUUUUGCUACACUUUGCCUAAAGUUGUUUGGAUGCAACACCCUUGAGCUUGGUUUGACAAAGCCACUGUCCUGAUCUCCUGAGCUAAUUCAUUCUGGGAUAUUAGAAUUAUUUCCUCCCAAUGAAGCUUUAGUAAAACCUAUGGAUACCAGAUGACUUCCUUCCAAGUGACAUUAGCUUUUGCUUGGAAUAUUCCUUGCCCAAAGGCCACUGCCUGCCUCAGAGCUGCAUGUAAGCUUCCCAUCAGUCCCAGCAGGAGCUGGGGAUGCAGAGCAGCAGGGUAAACUUCUGGCACAAUAUUACAGCAGCCUGAUGCAAUUAAGCUGGUUUCAUUUUAAUCCCCUAUUUUCAGGGGUUUUCAGUUUAGGCAAAAUCAUUUACUGAAAGCUGAAAUGUGGCCUGUUAGUUCUCCACUGGGAAGUAUGCUUCUGUUUAAUAAUAUUUUUAUGAGAUUGUAUUUAUGGAAAUGGAAAGAAAAAUGUCAUAAAGCUAGUUUUGUUGCACUUUUCUAAGGCUUUUGUAUUUUGCAUAGUUCUAGAAUAUGAGGAAGUUGCUUGGGGAAGUCAAGGCUUGGAACCUGCUCUGCCCCAGCACAGGAAUGUGUGAUGUGCAUUUUCACCAUGUGAUCCAUGUAGGAUUUUAAUUGCAUGUAACUGGUGUAUUUAUGUGGCAGUGAGGGAGCCCAGCAGACAUUUCCUGCUGCACAGGAGCCAUUGGCAGUCCCAGUUCCACAGUUCAUCAGCUGACCUGUUCUGACUGUGGACUGCACUUGCAACAAUGGAAUAGUCCAUUUUUGAUUCUGAGCUCUUUCAACAAAUGAGGGAAAAGGGGCUCUUUUUUUUUUUUUUUUUUGUUUUGUUUUGUUGUUUUGUUCCAUCAUUGAAAUUUCUCUGGAGGCUUUUAAUGGUUUCCAAUUAUUGCAUAUGUUCAUUUUAGGAUGGUUACUUGGAAAUCAGUUCAUCUUGGAGGGCACAAAUACAUGGAACAUUCUCAAGUAAUUAUUCCUUGUAACUUAAAACAUUUCAGUUUGGUAGAAACUUUUGGUUUUAUGUAUAUUGUAAGGUUAAUUUUUUUGUCUAUAAGUAGCACUUUUAUAUGUAUCUGAAGGGGUUUUUUUGAACAGAAAUGUGGUUUUUCUGUAUAUUAUCUAAUGGGAAGAAAGUAUAACACUGCUAAACAAGGCAUAGAGUAGUUUGCCUCCAGACUGUAAGUUCACUUCAGGUCAGUAAUGAUCAGGAGUUGUUCAGAGUAUCUGAAAUAAAUCAGUGAUCCCAUUUACUGCUGGGCAACUCUCCUGAUCAAACCCAGAAGGGCAUUAAUUGGUAUCCUCCUCCUCUUGGAGGGUACUUCAGUUCAGGUGUGAGGCAGAACUGACAGAAGUGGGAUGAAUUUUGGACUUGGUGGAAGAACAGAAUUUAUUGAUGCCUCAGUCUGACUUCACAGCACUAUACUGGAUAGGGACUAACCUGGUUUGAGAUGACACUGCAGCCAGUAAUGAUAUCUCCUAGACAGCUAAUUUAAAGCUCACUUUCCGUGGCCUUUAAAGAUGAUCUAAAACCCAGUGAUUCUAAAAGCUCUUCUCAUCCUUCCAGCUUUUCUGAUUUGUAUUGGUUUUACUCUUCCCUGGAGCACAGCUGCUGUGUGUCAGUCUGUGUAUGGGUUUAGAAAUUCCCCCAGACAAGUGCAAGUACUUUGCUUUUUUCCAGAACCCUUUUGAAUAGUUUACACAUAUCUUACAUAGAGAGAGGCUUUGCAUAAAUGUACAGAUGUACCCACAUGUGUAAAUGUGUGUGUGCAGAUAUGUGCUCCUGCAGGUUCUGGUAACAUGGAACGUGUUUCAACAAGUGCUUAUGUCUUGAAUACUUAGGCUGGUGUAUUAGUGUAGAUAUUUAAGUGGCAAGGAGGAAAAAACAUGUUGUUUGCUUCUGGUUAGAGCUGAGAAACGCAGCUCUGAGGAAAAUCUGAAUGAGUGUUCCAAUUGUAUUUCACCCUGUUUGUGGUUUGAAAGACACAAGUUGGUCAUGAUUGGAACAUGAGAAGUCAGCAAGCCUGUGUUAAGCUAAACCUUUUGGAGGACCCAAUACGCUUUCAGUUUGCAAGGACCACUAGAGACCUGGGCAUUUUACUUUCUCCAUGAUGUAUUCUGUAUGAGUAUUUAGUAUGUAUGCCUUCAAUUUGCCAAUGUUGCCAUUAAUUAUUCAUGAAAUAAAGGUUGCAAAUAGGA